CAAAAACAAAACACAACAAGAAAGAAAAGCUUGUAAUUAGUUCAAGGACUAUUGGCCUGUAAGACUUAUCUUAUUCAAGAUACGGGUUGUGUUGAGCCAAGGACAAAUAAUACUUUAAGCGCACUUCUCUUUUGCAUGUCUUAAGUUUAGAAUCCACCAAACAGAAGCUAAACCAGCAACAAGUUGGCAUUUACAGGAGCUCAUGUUCCGGCUAGUGCAUAUGAGAUCAUUCUCAAGGUCUCAGAUGCAUUAAAAACACGGGCCUUUGAUCACUGAGCAGUUAAGAAGUCUCCCCAGACAGCUGAGACCCAGCCGGAGAUGAAAUGCCUUCCAAGUGGUCCUGUGGCCGAGUUUUAAGGCAGCCAUUGGACUGGCUCUACAGUAUUACAUUGCUUGGUUCACUCUGCCCGAGAAGAGCAGGCCUCGGAGAAGACUUUUGUCUUCAAAGAACAGAGACUAUAUGAAAACCAUGAAGAAACUGACUCAGAGCUAUGAAGGAAAAGAUGUGUCUUCUAAACCUACUGACUUUCCCCAAGAGGAGAAGGAGAAGGCAAAAAUCCUGGAGCCAGUCACGUUUGAGGAUGUCACCAUGGUCUUCUCCGAGGCUGAAUGGGAGGAGCUGAGUGCUGAGCAGAAGACUCUGUACAAGGAGGUGAUGCUGGAGAUCUACGGGCAUCUGCUGUCAUUGGGCUUGUGUGCUGAACACCACUUCUGUCCCGGAGGUUCCAGCCCAGGGCAUCCGAAGCAGCCAGGGCAGCAGAAUUCUGGUCAGAACUGCUGGGAAGAAAACACAGAUGGUCAAACGAGAGAAGGCACUUCCAAAGCCUUCUGUGUGGCAACCUUGGGGAGAGAGACUCCAAGGGAAUUUUUCAGGCCAGCCCAGAAACAGUCACCAAGCCCUAGAGGAAGACGUUCAGGGGUGGGAAUAGAGACCAACUCGGCCCAAAUGUUGCCAUCUGUGGGAACAGAGCCAGUCUCGCAGGCAUUGGAAACCUCAGGGUUCGGAGAGGUCACCUGUAAAGAGGAUGGAGCUGCCUGUGCCCGUCUGCCAGACGUCCUCACCAACCAGAGGUCCCGCCUCCAGAAGAAGCCCCAUGUGUGCGAGGAGUGUGGGCGGGAUUUCAAGUGGAAGUCUCUGCUCAUCAGACACCAGAGAACACACACAGGGGACAGGCCCCAUCCGAAGGGGCUGCCUAAGAGGAAGCAGGAAGACCACAGGCUGCUGGUGAACGCCAAGCUGAAUAAAUUCGAGAUCAGCAGAAGGAAUCCAAGGUCAGUAGUCCGCUGA